AUGUCCACGACGCACCUGAGCUCCCCGGCGCCCAACCGGAGCAACCCCUCCACCGCCGGCUAUGAGGGGACCGACGCCUCGGAGGUGGACAGGCAAAUCCGACUGCUGCUUUUCGGCUUGUGCGUAACCAUCGCCGCCGCCACCUUCACCGGAGGCGCGUACUCGCUGCUGUCUCUCCUGCGGAUGCGGAGGAAAACGUCCCUGUGUCUCAUCGUGGCUUCCAUGUCUGUGGACGACCUGCUCAGCGUGGUUCCCCUCUCCCUGUUCAUCCUCCUCCAGUGGGAGACGGAUGGAAGUAGAGGGUCGAGCAGCCUGUGCACUUUGUCCGGACUUCUGUACGUGUUCCAGGGUGUUUCCAGCAAUAUGAAGGCUUGCCUUAUAGCAGCCUACACUUUUUAUGUCACCAAGAGGUUCGGGGUGCUCCAGUCUGUGCGCCGGCCUGUGAGAGUGAUGUGGGCUAUCGCCGGCGUCUGGGCUGUCAGCCUGGCCGUCAGUGUGCUGCCUCUGUGCGGAUGGGGCAGCUUUACGCCGGCUUAUCUUGGUUGCUUCCCUGAGAGCGACAGUUUUUACAUCCUGUUCCUCUUCUCUUUAUAUUCCCUGUGUUUCUGCGGCUUGUUGUUCUUCUUCAUCCCCCUCACCUACCAGCUGCUGUGCUCCAGAGAGUCCCAGAGGACUUUGCUGUACCCGAGCUAUUUGGAGAUGUCGAGGGGACUGAGUGGUUCUGUCCCCCUCUGUGACCUCCAGUCUUUCUCCCGGGAGAGCCUUGACAAAAGUUUCGGUGCCUACAAAGAGCUGAGCCCCAGUUCGUGCGUAACAGAGCUCAGGGAGAGGGAGGACAGCCUCAUGUCCCCGGUGUCCCUAAACGGACAGAGGACACCAGCUGUCGGGGACACACCGGUGGUGUUCGCGCAAAAGCGCUUCUCCAUGAUCCUGGCGGUGGUCCGAGUUGUUUUGUGGAUGCCAAUGAUGACCUUGGUCCUGGUGCGCCACUCGCUGAAUGCACACAGCUCUUCCCUGGAGACUCUGAGCUUCUUUCUCACUCUGCUCGCCCCUGCGGUCACUCCGUUAUUCAUGCUGUCUGAGCGCUGGAUCCACAUGCCAUGCGGUUGCUUCAUUAACUGCCAGCGAGAGCCAACGCAGGAGGCCUCAGUGAUGAAAAGAAGAUUUGAGUUCAAUCUUUCCCUGCAGCAAGGCUACGGCGUGUACAAGUUGUCCCAUGCCACCAUGUCUCCUACCAGUCUUCCCAUUGAGACACCUGCCUAUCACAGCCUCUUCAACUGUGACUUCCCCAAUGCCCGCCUCGAUGCACUCGAAUGUGGCGGGCUCUCCAGCCUGGCGCCUGACUUUGAUUUCAGCACCACAUGCCGGGUGGACAGCUCCUCUAACACAGACCUUCUGUUGGAGGCAGUAGCCGGAGGUGGGGAGGCGCUGGCUGAUUGUCCUCCACUUCCCUACCAGAGCCACGGGGAGGACGAGGACUUCCGCUGCGUCCCUCUGGUGCCCUCUCAUCACCGGGAGCAGGAGCGCAACCUCACUGACACGUCGUCCGUGUUCGAGGGGACGGAGAGGAGGCUGUCGCACGAGGGGUGUCGCAAAAUCGAGCUGACAGACUGGGAGUGGUGCAGGAGUAAAUCAGAGAGAACGCCCAGACAGCGGUCAACGGGUGGUCUGUCAGUGCCCUUGUGCGCCUUCCAGGGCACCGUCUCUCUGCAAUCAUCGACAGGAAAGACCCUCUCUCUCUCCACCUAUGAGGUCAGCAGUGAUGGACUCAGGAUAUCCCCAAACAAUGCCAAGAAGGUGGAAGUGUAUCGCUCCAAAUCGGUUGGCCACGAGCCCAGUGCAGAUGACCCAGCCGCAGGAGGCCAGACCAGGGACAUGAACGUCGGCAACGUGGAGAUGGGCAUGGAGAUAGGAAUGGGGAUGGGGAUCGGGGCAGUGGUGGGGGACACAAAUGUCAAGAUCCACCUCGAGGUCCUGGAGAUCUGUGACAACGAGGAGGCCAUGGACAGCGUCUCCAUCAUCUCCAACAUCAGCCAGUCCUCCACGCACGCUCGCUCGCCCUCGUUGCGCUACUCGCGACGGGAGAACCGCUUCGUCUCCUGCGACCUGGGCGAGACGGCUUCCUACUCGCUGCUCAUCCCCAACAGCGGCAACCCCGAGACAGACACCAUCAACAUCACUAUACCUGACACUGUAGAGGCGCAUCGCCAGAACAGUCGGCGACAGACACAGGAGAGCUCUGGUUACACAGAGGAGAUUCAGCUGCUCAACGAGGCCUACAGAAAGCAAUCUGGGGAGGAGGGAGAGUGACACACUCUCAGGAUGACAAGAGGGUGGCUCUCAGGAGGAGGUUGAAAGAGAAACACUGCCACCAAAGAUGAGAGACAUAUUUCCUAAUCAUUCCACGUUUACUUCCUUCUGAUCGCUCGAUCCAAACUGACAGACGACCAAAAUAGUGACUUAGAUAAACACUGAUGUAAUCGUCUUCUCUUGGACUUCCUCUUGAGAUAGCAGCACGAGAGCACGUGCAUCACCUGUGUGUGGAGUGCAUAGAGAUAGAUUAGCUUGUGAAAGAGCAGAUAGUGGUGAAUCGGUGGGAGCGGGAGAGAAAGAGAUAGAUCCGGAGGAAGCGGCGGGCAGGAGAGAGAAACAGUUUUCCAGCAGAACAUCUGUAUUCAUGCCCAGACCUUCACCGUGUGGCCGCCUGUCGUCAUAAAACCGAUACAUUAACAGAGAAACUCCCUUAGACGUGGAAGAGGAGGGGCCGCGGUGUGGUCACAUGUCUGAUUUGAAGCAGCUUCUGCAGACUAAAUCACCGGUGACUCAGCUGUGAGGGGAGGGUCACCUGACCCAUGAGUCUGACUCAUUGCAGUGUGUGUUGUUGUGCAUUUUGAGUGUGGGAUGUAGCCUUACCCAUAGGGAUGAGGGUUAACUCAUGACAGUAAUGGUUUGUGAUGUCAGCCACCAAACGUAUUCCAUGGUUCCUCUUAUAAGAAUGUGUUUAAUUCUGUGUAUUUCUUUAACUUAUUGCGUGUUUAACUUAAGUGCACCCUGCUCCUAUACGUCCAUCAUGUGUAACACAGUUAAUGCUGCUACUAUCAAAGUCAAGAGACCACUAUCCGUGCUGAAAGUCUGAAAUAGGAGGAGAGGAAAAAGGAGAGGAGAGGAGUCAAGCUUUUAAAGGAGAGUACAAGUGAUCAUUGGAGAAGGGGUUGAGGGGAUACUUAUGCAGAGCUGUUUUCUGCCUCAUGCACAUUCGGUGCAAUUUACAUAAGUGACAGUGUGCACAGUUUUACUACGGUAGGCAGCAUAUGAAUGUACAUCCCCGGACCACUUUGCGGGGAAUCGUCUCUCUGCCAGCUCAGUUCACUGCGCAUCCAAUCAGUGAGCCAAAGAGGCCUCUCACUUUCGGUAUUUAAAUUCAGGAAUGGAACUAUUCAAGCAUCCUGGUAAACAGAAGCAUACAAAUCUUUACUCUCUUUCACUGACAAUAUCAGUAUCAUAACUUAUAUCUACAUUUAUAUGCACAUGUGUGUGUACAAACAGCAGUAAC